AUGCGUUCCAUAUCGACGACUCUCCAGCUGGUCUGCCUCCUCUUGUCACUUCAUCGGAGCCCAUGCUCCGGCGCGGCGGCCACAGCGAGCAACUUCUCCUCCUGCCUCGUCUCCAACGGCGUCAGCAACUUCUCCGUGCCCACAUCACCGGGCUACGCCGGGUUGCUCCACUCCUCCAUCUUCAACCUCCGGUUCACGCUCCCGAACGUCGCCGGGCCCGCUGCCAUUGUCCUCCCGGAGUCGAGGGAUGACCUGCGGCGAGCCAUCCUGUGCGCACGCGCCAGAUCGCUUGCGAUCCGCGUGCGUAGCGGCGGGCACAGCUACGAGGGGCUGUCCUACACCACGGAGAACCACGUGCCCUUCGUGCUGGUCGACCUCGCGAACCUGAACCGCGUCCGGGUCGAGCCGGGCUCGGCCACGGCCUGGGCCGCCGAAUCGGGAGCGACGUUGGGCGAGUUGUACUACGCCGUGGGGCGGUCGAGCUACUCCUUAGCAUUGCCAGCCGGGUCGGGGUCGACCACUGGUCUAGGGGGGCACGUCUCCGGCGGCGGGUUCGGGCUUCUGUCCCGGAAAUUUGGGCUUGCCGCCGACAACGUGCUGGAUGCGGCGGUCAUCACUCCGGACGGCAGAGUCCUUGACCGGAGCUCAAUGGGCGACGACGUGUUCUGGGCGAUCCGAGGCGGCGGCGGCGGGAGCUGGGGUGUGGUGUACGCUUGGAAGCUCCGGACCGCGUUCACCGUCGGCCGGACCGGUCCGGUCGAGCUCAUAGCCGGGCUGCUUCACAGGUGGCAGUAUGUCGGGCCCAAUCUACCGGACGAGUUUUAUCUCUCCGUGUAUGCUCCAACCGGGUCGACGGACGGCAACGUCUCCAUCUCCUUCACCGGUCAAGUGCUUGCGUCAAAAGACCAUGCGUUGUCGGUUCUCAGCCAAAGCUUUCCUGAGCUAGGUUUGACCGAGCGACACCUCUCAGAAAUGAGCUGGGUCGAGUCGACGGCCAAGUUCGCCGGUCUGAGCACGGUGGAGGACCUGCCGAACCGGCGGCGCCAGCCAAAGCAGUACUCCAAGAGCAAGUCCGACUACGUGCAGGCACCGAUCUGGAGGAACGACAUGGCCGAGAUCGUCCGGCAUCUGUCGACCGGGCCGACCGGGUCCAUCCAGCUGGACCCCUACGGCGGCGCCAUGGCGCGGGUCCGUAGCGCCGAGACGCCGUUCCCGCACCGCGCCGGCAACCUGUACAGCAUCCAGUACGGCGUCAGCUGGAACCGGUCGGAGGUGGCCCGCGCGGAGGAGUUCAUCGGAUGGCUCAGGUCGUUCUACAAGUUCAUGGCCCCCUACGUGUCCAAGGAUCCCCGCGCUGCGUACGUGAACUACCUCGAUCUCGAUCUGGGCGUGAACAACUGGACGCAGGCUGCCGGUGGCUCGUCCGCGCAGGCGGUGGCUCGUGCGAGGUCGUCCUGGGGGGAGGCGUACUUCGGAGGGAACUUCGACCGGCUGGUGGUUAUUCCUAAAUGGUGCUUCGGAAAGAAUGAUGGAUGGGUGAUUUUGGUGGAUAAAUGGCUCGGUGACAAUGCAGAGUUUGCUGCCAAGAGUAGUAAGAACCGUGCUAACCGUAAAAACAGGAACCACUGGGGCUUCAAGGCCAUGAAGGAGGACAAGUUGAAGAGGCCGCUCUCAGACAUGGAGUUGUGGAAGCUGGCCCGUGCGCGGAGUGAUCGCAAGGAAUGCGAGAGCGAGUAUUACGGCAAGACCGAGGAGCACCUUGAGACUUACAAGGAGUUUGAGAAAUUGCAUCUGCCUGGUCCGGAUGCUCCUCACGCAUAUAAAGCCUUUGUCGAGCUUAGGAAUCUCAAUGUGCGGGAGUACUUGCAACGAGUGAAGGCAAACGAGGAUUACAACCGUCAGAUGAUGGCAGCAAUGCUGGCGUCUUGCACCAACUGCACGGAUCAACCACAAAUGGGACCCGCACCAUCACCUGCUGGAGAACCCCCACACGUGUCCACGUUCGAUGAAUGGGUGGCACUAGGCAGUGAGACUCCGGGGACCGGUGGCUCGACUCCAGUCACUCCGCUCUGGCAAGGUGGUGCUGGUCUCGGCGGUGCUCACGACGACGAUACCCGUCUUGGCUGA